AUGGCUUCCCGUACACUCUUCUCGAACACUUGCUUUAAAUCAUCUCUUAUCAAGCAAGCAACGAAAAAGAACUUACUUAAUAAUAACAAGACUACCAUCUUUCCUGGCGCUCAAGCUUCUCGCCAAGCAACAACUACAACAGGCUUAGUAGAUAAUUCAACAAAGUAUGGUAGAGUCUCUUAUGUCACACCUUUUAAAUAUACCCAAGUUCGAGAUGAGGUUCAUCUCGUCAAGUUUACUUCUGUGGAGGGAAAAAGACUUUUUCGCAAUGCUAUGGUACAAGGUCGAGCCGAAAGUUUCUUCAAGCUUAUGGGUAAUUUUUCCACGCAAUCUAGCCCGACUCAAGGAGGCGUAAGUUCAUUGGCUAUGGUUUUAAAUGCACUUGAAAUUGACCCCAAGAAAAUCUGGAAAGGAAACUGGCGUUGGUUUUCUUCCGAGCAAAUGCAAACCUGUUCACCAGCUGAGUCUAUACAAGAACGAGGUAUUCCUUUUGAUGAGUUUACUUGUCUAGCACAAGCUUAUUGUCAAGUCCAAUCACGCCGUGGAGCGAGCUACAAGCAAUUCUUAUCAGAUCUUGAAUCUGUAACAUCAGAUAGCAAUAGCCAAAUGGUGGUUCAUUACUCUAGAUUUGCUUUAGGCCAACAGGACCUCCUUGCUCAUUUUAGUCCUAUCGGUGGUUACAACAAGUCAGAAGACCAAGUGCUUAUCAUGGACGUUGCCCGUGGUAAAUACCCAAGCGUUUGGGUGAAUACAAAAGCCCUUUAUAGAGCUAUGAUGGCUCCUAGUCAUGAAGAAGCAGGUCGUAGUCGUGGCUAUUUUGUCUUGAGUCGUCACGAACAAAAUUCUAAGCCUGACGUAGCGUUUACAAACAAGUUAAAAUGUAAAGACUGUUCUCGUAAAUGUCAUGCCAACGCUUAA